UUCGCCACUGUCGAGAACAGUUCGUGGUGCGCUGCGUUCGCCUUGUUCGUAUUCAAGCGUACAGCGGGUCAGAAAGAGAGAGAGAGAGGGGGAAAAAAACGAGUCUAAUCGUAUAUACAUAUAUAAUUUGGCGUGAUGACGUCAGAGUUUCCGAGGUGGAGAAGCCGAGAGAACCGUGAGCGGCGUGAGCGCGUUUAAAGCCGAGCAGGGCGUGAAAGUGUGUAUCGUGCCACGGAUUCUAUAUGUUUGUGAUCCCUUGUGCUCCGCGAUUUUGGCCAAAGUGACGAGGAAACAAGCCCCCUGCAAUUCUGGAUAAUAGAACGACCGAAACAAUCAAUUAUUUGUGCAAUAAUAUAAAGGAACGAAGAAAAAGGCACAGCCUAAGAAAAGAAAGAAAGAAAUAACAAAAUGAUUAUAUUGAAAUAACGCUCGGAGCUGUCUUAGAGUAAAUAACAAGAGCGUGAGAGAUCGCAUUAUGCCUUGGUGCUGAGAGUGUUGGUGCGCGAGUGUGUGCGUACCGCGUGUUGUGCCGUGUGUGUGUGCGUGCGUGCGUGUGUGUGUGUGUGUGUGCGUGCGUGCGUGCGUGCGCGCGGGUUAGAAAACUCGUGGCUUUUUUUGUUCGUUUUACGUCGUUUUUCGAUAAAAUACAAGGAGGUGUACAAUGUUUCGCUGCAUUCCGAUUUUUAAAGGGUGUAACAGGCAGGUUGAGUCGGUUGACAAGCGUCACUGCUCGUUACCGAGCGUACCCGACGACAUACUACGUUACUCACGUAGCCUCGAGGAACUUUUACUCGACGCCAAUCACAUCAGAGAUCUACCCAAGAAUUUCUUCAGACUUCAGAGGCUCAGAAAACUCGGUCUCAGUGACAAUGAGAUUCACCGGCUGCCUCCCGACAUUCAAAAUUUCGAGAACCUCGUGGAGCUCGACGUUUCGCGGAACGACAUACCGGACAUUCCUGAGAAUAUCAGGAACUUGAGCUCUCUACAGGUGGCAGACUUCAGCAGUAACCCGAUACCAAGGCUUCCGGCUGGUUUCGUGCAACUGAGAAACCUAACUGUACUCGGCCUCAAUGACAUGUCCCUCACGAACUUGCCACCAGAUUUUGGCCGUUUGGAAGCCCUUCAGUCGCUGGAAUUGAGGGAAAAUUUGCUCAAAUCCUUGCCCGAAUCACUCUCUCAGCUCUCGAAACUCGAGAGGCUGGAUCUUGGUGACAACGAGAUCGAGGAAUUGCCGUCGCACAUAGGAAAAUUACCCGCACUACAGGAAUUGUGGCUCGACCACAAUCAAUUGCAACACUUGCCACCAGAAAUCGGUGAAUUGAAGACCUUGGCGUGCCUGGACGUUUCGGAGAACCGCUUAGAGGAUUUGCCGGAUGAGAUCGGUGGUCUCGAGUCGUUGACAGAUUUGCAUCUGUCGCAAAACGUCAUUGAAAAAUUGCCUGAUGGCCUUGGCGAGCUCGGGAAAUUAACGAUACUUAAAGUCGAUCAAAAUCGAUUGUCCGUCCUGAACGAGAGCAUUGGCAAAUGCGAAAGUCUUCAAGAGCUCAUUCUUACGGAAAAUUUCCUCUUCGAGCUACCGGUCUCCAUAGGGAAUCUUGUCAACUUGAAUAAUCUUAACGUCGAUCGCAAUAGCCUGCAAUCGCUUCCCACAGAAAUCGGAAACUUGAAGAACUUGGGGGUACUUUCGCUUAGGGAUAACAAAUUGCAAUUUUUACCUACCGAAGUUGGCAACUGUACGGCCCUCCACGUUUUGGAUGUUUCUGGAAACAGGUUGCAGUACUUGCCGUAUUCGCUGAUAAGUUUAAACCUCAAAGCUGUGUGGCUGAGCGAGAAUCAAGCGCAGCCAAUGCUGACGUUCCAGACCGAUGUUGACGAGGAAACCGGUCAAGAGGUUCUCACGUGUUUCUUAUUGCCACAGUUGGAGUAUCACGUAGCUAAUCAGAACGGAUGUCGUAUCGAAAUACGAAGCGCUGCACAGGCGAACGAGAUGAGAGAAUUAGCGAGCAGCGACGACGAAGGAUGGCAAGAAAAAGAAGCCUCGAGAACGCAUUCCGUUAAAUUUACGGACGAUGCGCCGGAAGCCGACAAGGAGACUCCAUUCGUCAGACAAAAUACGCCACAUCCGAAAGAACUCAAAGCUAAGGCACACAAGUUAUUCAGUAAGGGAAAGAACGACAGUCGAUCGGGAUCAACCGACGAACAGGACGUGUCGCAAACAUUUGGUCUCGAUAAGACCGAGACAAUGAAUGCGACGACGAACGAGGAGCACACGGAACAGGAGCAUAUUCCUACGUGUAAUGACGAGGAGACGAGAGAAAUGACGAAAGUUUCAGAGUCCGAAGGGCCGUUUGAAACUUCCAUGGCUCAUGAGACGCUUGAAAACGAUGACGUUACGACGCAGCAACAACCGUCGGGACCAAACUCAACGACGACAGAUAACGAUUUCGAGGGUUCGGUGUCGGAAACGAGGUGUAGGGAUGAGGAUGAGUCUGAGUCUGAGGACAUGCAGAGACAUGUCGAAUUUACGAUAUUGGAAGACGCCGAUUACGAGGGUGGGGGUGACUCGGGCAAGCCAAACAGGCUACAUCGCCGGGACACCCCGCACCAUCUGAAAAACAAGCGAAUUCAUACCUCGAUUGACAAGGAUAAAGUUGCUUCGAUCAUCGCACAGGCUCUAAUGAAGAAAAGCGACGACCAACCUGUCUCUCUGACCCCGACGACAGAAUCCGUGGAACAAUGUGAGCUCAAUAGCCAAGGGGCAACCUCGGACGUAGAACCGUCGAUAGAAGUACGGGAAGAGCAGUACGAAAUCCAUAUCGAAAGGACGACCGGAGGCUUGGGUCUGUCUAUUGCUGGUGGCAUCGGAUCAACACCCUUCAAGGGCGACGACGAAGGCAUCUUUAUUUCUAGAGUCACAGAAGGUGGACCCGCAGAUUUGGCUGGUUUGAGGGUCGGCGACAAAGUUAUCUCAGUUAACGGUGUCUCGGUAGUCGACGUCGAUCAUUAUGACGCAGUUGAAGUUCUCAAAGCAUGCGGUCGUGUGCUUAUACUCGUUAUCGUCCGCGAAGUUACGAGAAUAGUGCCACCGUCCGAACAAAUGUCUAUUAGAAAGGAUUCAAUAUGUUCGAGUAUGAGCACGAGUCGAGCUCCCAGUGCUACGUCAUAUGUUUCCUCAACCGCAAUGUCUCACAAUCUCGAAAACGGUGACAGCAGCUUAACUCACGAUAUUGUCAAAACACGAAAAAUUCCUGAGCCCAUCGCCGUUGCGAGAACAAGCGGCGAACCUCUGAUACCGGUUCUCGUACACACGACGCUUAUUCGCGAUCAAAAUGGUCUAGGAUUCAGUAUAGCAGGCGGAAAGGGGUCAUCGCCUUUCAAAGACAAUACGGACGCAAUAUUCAUCUCGAGAAUUACGGACGGUGGAGUAGCGCAGAAAGAUGGCAAAUUGUUGGUCGGUGACAAAGUCAUAUCGAUAAACGGUGUCGAGAUGACGGGCGCGAAGCACGAGCAGGCUGUGGGAAUGUUGACGGGAUUGGAAAGGUUCGUUCGAUUGGUUGUCGAACGGGAGAUACCAAUUUCACAGGCGAAUCCCGCGACGAGUGUGACGCCUUCAGAAAAAUCGCCACGUUUGAUCGGUGGUGCUCCGCGUCCUUACACGGGGCUUUACAGCGCCAAUAGUUAUAUGGCGAACAGGCCAGGUUUGGCGAGUUACAGACGCUCGAUAGACGCCGACAAGACACUUUCUCCGAGCCCAACGUCGAGUACACCGCCGCCUCCCCCGCCGCCAGUUCCGCCACCUCAAUUGUCCUCCAAACCCGAGGCGAUCAAUGGAAUCGCAAAGAUGAACGGCGUGACGGAAAGAUCCGGUCCUACCGGAGCCACGAGCCCCUCGAACUUGACAUCUCCCAGCUCCAACCAACCGCAACCAGCGCCAAGAUUAUCCAUGACGCAGCCUGCUACAGGAUCCGGUCAUCCCGUCGGUGACUCGACGAACAGCGGACGUUCCGAGAGUGGUGAACAAAGAUCGAAUUCGCCGCAGGAAGAUAUACAGGUACCCAAGCCAAUAACCAACGAGGAAUUUCAGGCCAUGAUCCCCGCUCAUUUCCUACGACCUCCGAAAUCCUCGCCCUCCCCAGACUCCCAACAGGGCCCGGUCGUCACGGUCACGAUUAAGCAACCUGACAAUCUACCCGGGGACGUUACGUUUCCCCCGGCGCCUACGACAAUCGGUAAAGUUACCGAGGUCAUCACUAAGAGCACGCUCACCGAGACUGUUGUAACGCGUGUUACUGACAAUCAUCUUGUGGAACCUGUUAUUACCGAGGAUGUCGUGCUAAUGAAGGAAGGCUCAUUGGGCUUCAGUAUCAUUGGUGGAACCGAUCACUCUUGUACUCCCUUCGGCGCCAAGGAGCCUGGGAUUUUCAUAUCACACGUGGUACCCGGUGGCAUAGCAGCUAAUUCAGGAAAACUACGAAUGGGCGAUAGAAUAUUGAAAGUUAAUGGAACAGACGUGACAAAAGCAACUCACCAAGAAGCGGUCAUGGAACUCUUACGUCCUGGAGAAUCGAUCAUUCUCACGGUUCAGCACGAUCCACUGCCGGAAAGUUAUCAGCUGGUCGAAAUAGAGUACAUCCCGGUGACAGAACUCGUCAUUGUGAAGGAACCCGGUGAGAAAUUGGGUAUGCACAUCAAGGGCGGUUUGAGAGGACAACGUGGCAAUCCUCUCGAUCACACGGACGAGGGUGUAUUUAUAUCGAAAAUCAAUUCGGGUGGUGCAGCCAGACGUGACGGCAGACUUAAGGUUGGUAUGAGAUUGCUGGAAGUAAAUGGCACGUCGUUGCUCGGUGCAACCCAUCAGGAAGCGGUGAAUAUUCUCAGAUGUUCCGGGAACACGAUAACCCUCGUGGUUUGUAAAGGAUACGAUAAGAACGAGAUCGAACAUAUAAUGACAAUGUCGAGUGGUCGGGACUCGAAAAAUUCGAAAACCUCUCAGGAGCGCAAAGACUCACUGACCGAGGGCCUCAAAUCGUUAUCCCAAAGUGUCUCGAGCCUCGAUCGGGAUGAUGAGGAAGCGGCAACUUUGCGACAAGAGCAAGAAAUGAAGGCCGAACUCGUUGCUUGGGAACAAGAGGAACGCGAACGCGCUCUCGUCGAACAGCGAGAGAAAUCCACUCCGGAAAAGGUAUUGGAUGUAGUUCGAGCAGCAGAGUCGCUAGUAAAUAAACCGAAUAGCCCGGUUGAUAUGCCAGUGCCGCCUAAAUCACCUGGUGGCACAAAAGAUCUUAAAACAACGACAAUCGUCAUGAGUAAACACACUCUGGCACCGCAAAAUCCAACUCCAAUGUUACCGAAAGAGGAUACCGGAACAUCCGUGGAUGAUCCCUCUUCGCCGAUCACUCCGAACACUGCUACUUCUCUGCAUUCUAACGCGACGACUACGAAUCUCGAUAAAUCCUCAAUGUCACAAACUCUACCGUCGUCGAAGAAAAAGGUUUCGAGCGUUCCAAAGCGUAGCAUUACAUUUGCCGAAUUGCCAAAACCCUCGAGAUCAACUUCCACCGAUGCAUUAGCAUCUGGCAACAUAAAAUUCCGUCCGACACACUCGAUCAUGAAAGAACGUCCAAUAACCAUGCAUGAAAGAGCCAAUUUUUAUUCCUCCUCAAAUCUUUACGACAAAAACUAUAAUGUCGAGAAUGCUAAAAUAACAGAACCACGUUUUCGACUUCCUCCAACACCCCUGACAAAUCCUGGGUGCACGGGAGAAAAACUUCGUACCACAAUGGCUUCCUCUAACAAACGACAGAUUGCACGUUCUGUCGAAGGAAAGUUUCUGGUUGAGCCUUCACCGACACCAUCACCAACACCAGCGCCUGUCAAGAUGUCAGUCAGCGAUAGAAAAAAACUUUUCGAAAAUGCCGUCGAAGAGCAUCUUAAACCUUCGCCAAAACCAGACAAAGUAUUCAGUUUCCUUAGCCAAGACGAAGUUGAGAAAAUGAAACAAGAAGAAGAGAAAAAAAUAGCCACUUUAACGAGAGACGAGUUGAAGUCUUGGGCUCAGAUCGACGAGAUGGAGGGGCUCGACGAGUCCGAGGACGCGUUGGAAGAUCAGGAUAAUAGAAGGCCUAAUAGCCGAUUGAGCUCGCGAAGUUCGAUACCCUCUCUGCAGGGCGUGCCCAGUGUCGUCAGGACGGCCAAAGCGGAACGACGUCUCAAAGAGAGAAUGAUCCAAGAGGGCCUGAUCUCCGACGACGAUGAAGAAAGUCAUUUGAGUCCUGCGGAGCAGAGGGCGUUACGGGCCGAAAAAAGAGCUGCAUGGAGGCAAGCGCGCUUGAAGUCUCUGGAGCAGGAUGCGCUCCAGGCACAGAUCGUUAUUAAGAAAAUGAGCGAAAUGAUGGACACGUCGAAUAAGUCCGAAGUAAUUCAAGAUCCAUCGGAAUUGGAUCGCUCGUCCGAUCACGAUCGACCGAACGAGUUCACUGCGUUACGGCCGUCUAGCGCGGAUUUUCCAAAACUUGCCGUUCGGAGCAAGCUCGGACCGUCAAAAGCGGUUCGCGAAUCGGAAAAAGUAGUGGACGAGAAGGUAACUCGACGCACUGAGGAAUAUGUCGACGAGGUGACCGGGGAACGUCGUGUACGAACUGUCGAAUACGUCGAGAAGCUCAUUGAGCGGGAGGUUGAAACUCUGCGAGAGAAGAUAAUUUCUCUCGAGCUGAGCAAUGCGGAGGAAGAAGUGGAUGGCGUUAAAGUUGAAAUGGGUGCGAGCGACGCUGAGAGCGAAAGCGAGGAAUUGACCCGUCAAGACUCCACUAUCAACGAUGCCAGUGUGGAUAAUUCAGACUCGCUGAUAUGCACGAGCUCGAGUCAAAGCGUUUCUAUUACUGCCAAGACAGCUACGAAUUCAACGGUCAAUGCAGCCAAGAAAAAGAAAAGAAAGCGUUCGAAAAAAGGACGCAAUUGAGAAAUAAUGUGGACGAGAACCCAAGAAUUUGAAAGAAGACAGCCUUGAUUUAGACAAUUGGUGCGCAGAUUGUAUAGAGAAAUAAUUAUACGGCUAAGCAUAGGUCGAGUUUGUAUACCACAUAAUAUGCGAAAUUUUGUCGGUCGAAAUAAUUCUUCUGAUUUGUUUCGUCUGUUAAUUUAUGAUACAGUGUAAAAGGGGUAUCAUCAAUAAGGCAUUUUUCAGUAACAAAAGUUUAAUGAUUAUUGUUUAUGAGAAAUGACAAAGGGACCAUUGAAUCAUCCCACGAACAAAUGGCAUUUCGAAACACUGCUUUAAACUACGUGAUUAAUAACCCAUCAGAACAAUAUAUCGGAAUGAGACUUCAACAAAAAUUUGUAAUCCCCAGGAGUUUAGCUGUUAUCACGAAUACAACGAAUCUCCGAUUACAGGUAUUCUUUAAUCUACGUGCAAAGGCAUUACAUACAUUUUUCAAAAACCACAAUAAAGUUUGAGAACACGAAUAAGUCUCGAAACCUGAACUACAUUAUCGAUUAGAGCAUUGUAAGAAAAAAAAAUGGAAUUUAUCGGUAUCGAUGCCCUGGACGCUGAAAAAUGUUGAGGAAAUUAUUUCUGACCUUUCAGUUCGUUGUGCAAUUUUGACAAAAAUUACGGUGUUCAAGAAUUUUUAAUUCUAUUUGUUUUACUUUAAGGAAAGCACUGUUUUCAUAGUGCUGCAUGUAUUGAGAAAUUGACCUAGAUAUCUGGUACAUUCUAAUUGACCUCUAAGAAUCAUACUGCACACCCCCUGCAAAAUUACACACCGUGAAUGGUGGUGUAAAUUGGAUUUCUGAUACAUUGAUGAACUCGAGCUCAGAAAGCAAAUUUUUCAUAAGACUUGUCUACCACCUGUUUCUACGAAGAGAUGAACAUUAUUCGUAAUAAAAUGUCGAAAAUUCCGACACGAAAAGUAAUAAGCCACUGCGUAUUGAGCACGUAUUUCGAGUUUUAUCGAAUCAUUGUAAAGCUACAAAUUUCGUUUGAAAUAUGCUAAUAAAUGGAUCAAAAUUUA